AUGCGUCUAUCCAGCCUUCCAACUGCCCUUCUGGCAUUCGCCGGUGCUGCCCAAUCUCUAGCAGUUGAAAAGAGGGAUUUGCUUUCGGAUCUUCAAAACCAGGCUCUUGAAAACCUCAAGGCUGCGGAGAAGAAUGGUACUCUCGAGAAAAGAGGUAGCUGCUCUAUUUUCAAUGCGUCCGUUCGCAAGGAUUGGGCUAUCAUGAGUGCGAAAGAGCGAAAAGCAUACAUCAGUGCCGUACAGUGCAUGUUCGAUGCUCCAUCUCAAUCCGAUCCCGCCUUAGCACCUGGUGCAAAGACCCGCUACGAUGACUUUGUCGCACAACAUAUCAACCAAACGUUAACGAUCCACGGAACCGGUAACUUCUUGAGUUGGCACAGGUACUUUGUACAUGGCUACGAGAAGGCGCUGCGAGAAGAAUGCGGAUACAAAGGCUACCAGCCCUACUGGAACUGGUUCGCCCACACGGAUGACCUGACCAAGCACCCUGUAUUUGAUGGUUCAGCGACAAGCAUGGGCGGCGAUGGAGAGUAUGUGAAGCAUAAUGGAAGUGCAGGCGGCAAAGGCACGAUUGCGCUGCCUUCUGGCGCAGGAGGUGGAUGCAUAAAGGAUGGUCCGUUCAAGAACUUGCAAAUCAACCUUGGUCCUGUCUCUCCAGCAAUGGCUGGUGAGGUACCCGUUAAGUCGCCACUCGAAUGGAACCCACGUUGCGCAAAGAGAGAUCUCACCUCCUACGCAUCCUCCACAUGGAUGACUUUUGAGAACCUCUACAACGUCACUCUCGGUACAGCCUCCAAGAACGUUGGACGCUUCCAAGACGAGCUCCAGGGACGUUUCCCUGACGGCUUCCUCGGCAUGCACGGCGCAGGCCACUUCGCAAUUGGAGGCGAUGGCGGUGAUGUUUUCAGCAGCCCCAACGACCCUGCUUUCUUCCUACACCACGCAAUGGUCGACCGCGUAUGGUGGCUUUGGCAGGCGCUGCAUCUCGACCAGGCCAAGUCCGUUGCUGGCACCAUCACCAUCUUCAACCAGCCACCCAGCCGUGACGCUAGGCUUGACGACCCUAUUGAGAUGAACUACCUCAAUCUGGACCCUACAACUAUCGAGGAUAUGAUGAGCACGCUGGACGGAGAGCCGCUGUGCUACAUUUACUUGUAG